AUGGAGAUGAAGCCAUCUGUGGGAGAUUCAGCGUGUUACUGUCUUUCAGCCCCCAACUCUACCUCGUGCCCCGCGGAGGAAAGCUGGUGGUCGGGGCUGGCCAUCGUCAUCGCGGUAUGUUGCGCUUCCUUGGUGUUUCUCACUGUGCUCGUCAUCAUUUGCUACAAAGCCAUCAAAAGGAAACCACUGAGAAAAGAGGAGAAUGGCACCAGUGUUGCUGAGUACCCCAUGACCUCCUCGCAGAGCAGCAAAGGGGUGGACGUGAACAGCGCCAUGGUGUGAGUCUGCAGACCUCGGACCUGCUGGCCAGAGGGGCACAUUGGUGGCGCUGGUGGCGUUAGUGGACCCGGGAAAGCAAGUGGACCUGAGCUGACGCUAGGCUUGUCCAGGACUUCCAAAGCAGAAACCAUCCUCUUCCCAGCCUUGACCCCGGUUACCUCACGAGCAAGGCAGCGCAGACACCCGGCUGAGCCAGGAUCCUCUGUACGCAGCCCCUGGGGACAGCCCCACACCCCAGGCCCUGCACAUCUCCUCCCUGUCUUGUCUUUGAUUUCCUGUCUCCCGGCCGUGCUCUGACAAAGGCAGGGGGAGUCUGUCUGUCUGUCUGUGCUGAGCCAGGGAGGCAUCCUGCUUUGGCCAAGAGAAAGGUGAUCUGGGGCCACUCCCCUGCCAGAAAAUCUCUCCUCCUCCCCAGCAAGCCCGUCCACUUCUCCAUUCACCGUGCAUCCCGACAGAAGCCAUCAGCAGAGCCACAAGACGUCCCCUUCCAAAGGUGCUUCCCACACAUCUGUCUGUCACCGCAUCUGCCACUCUUUCAGUCUUCAGGGCCUGCCUCCCUCCUCCUCUUCGCACCCACAUCCAGGGCCCCUAGCUCGGGACCCCUGCCCCCCUGCCGCGGAGGGCUGUGAGCCCGGCCAGCCCAGGCCCCUCCUGGCAGCAGACAGAGGAGCUCUUUUAGUGUCUGACCUUUCAGGGGCAAAGCAGCUCACUGGGCACCAGGCCAAGGAGCCAGGAAGGACAGAGGCCCCUUCGCCCGUCCUCAGACUCAUCCCCGCAGCUGAGCCUCAUAGCACCUGCCGCGUGUGAGCCAGGCCCCGCCCUCAUCCGGCGGAGGCCGCCACUGUGCCAAGCCCCUGUGGGCACUCCGGGCUAGGCUGCCCUGACUUGGCUCUGGGUCCUCUGACAACCAC